AUGGCUGCCCGCACAGCCCCCAACGACUCGACCAACAUCUUCGCCAACAUUGGCCGCGCGUUCAGCUCGCUUGAUGACAAGCUUGAGAAGCGCCAGAAGACCCACCUGAAGAACGUGUACGGCUCGCUGGCCGUCGGGCUCGGUUCGGCCGCCGUCGGCGCCUCCGUGCAUCUGUUCACCAACAUUUUGCGUGCCAACUUCCUGCUCUCGCUUGGCUCGAUCGCGCUGAUGUUCAUGCUGAUGUCGACGCCGGCCGUGCCCGAGAACCAGAAGAAGCGCUUCGGAUACUUCCUCGGCUUCUGCUUCAUCUCGGGCGUUUCCACCGGUCCGCUGCUCGAGCACGCCAUGAUGAUCAACCCCACCAUCAUCCUCACCGCCUUCUUGACCACGGCGUUCGUCUUCACUUGCUUCUCGCUGUCCGCCCUGUAUGCGCCGUCGACCAAGUACCUCUACCUCGGCGGCACGCUGGCUUCCGCCUCGAUGGCCCUGCUCUUCAUGGCUAUCUUCACCCGCUACUACACCGUCAUGAUGUGGAUGGGACUCGGAAUUUCGUGCGCGUUCAUCCUCUACGACACCCAGCUCAUCGUCGAGAAGAAUCGCAUGGGAGAUGAGGACUACAUCUGGCACUCCGUCGAGCUGUUCAUCGACUUCAUCCAAGUGUUCCGCUACCUGGUCGUGCUGCUCAGCCAGAAGGAGGAGAAGCGCGAGAACAACCGCCGCCGCAACGAGCGCUCGGCCUAC